AUGCCAGCACGGGCUUCCCGCGGCGUUUACAGCCCAUUGGAACCUCAGGAGGCGGGCGCUCCUGUCCUUCUGUUCUUUAUUCGACACACUCACCGCGGCUACGGUAAUACUCCCGAUCUCCACAGUCUGCCGGAACAUCCCGCCGUGUCGCCCUUGGCAGAUUUCCUUCUUUACGACGUCGGAACGGGACUUUCCCUCACCACGGCUGCUAGAGGAGGCCCGCAGGCUCAUUUCAGCUCGUUCUAUGCUUACUUCAAUUGCCGAAAUGUGCUGCCGGCGCUGCAGAAGCGCCAGCCGCGCCCGCCGCCGCCCGUGCUGCUGGCCAUGGCGGUGCUGGAGCUGCUGGAGCAGGGCGCGGCGCCGCCCACCUCCGCCGCCGCCGCCUGCUCCCGGCGUCCGCUCCGGGCUCAAGCGCUCUCGCCUCGCAGCCCGCCGGGCGCGGCGUCGCUGGCGUCCGCGCCGCGGCGCGCCCGCCGCCGCGGCCCUCGCGCGCCUCAGCCCCGCCUCCUCCACGUCGUCCAGCGCCCGCCCCCGCGCCGGCGCCCGGCCCCGCCCCCAGCUCCACACCCUCCCGGCCACGCUCCCGCCGCCGCCGCCGCCAGCGCGCAGCCCUGCAAGCGCAAGCGGGGCCGCCCCGCCAAGGCGCCCUCCAAGCUCGACGCAGGGCGCGUGGAGCGCGUGAUGCUGUGGCGCUUCCUGCUCAACCUGCUGGAGGAGCCGCGCGCCGCCCCCGCGCCCGCGCCUUGCAUCCACUGGGUGCGCCGCGAGGAGGGCCUCUUCCGCAUCACCAACACCGAGUGGCUGGCGCGCCUGUGGGGACGGCGCCACGGCAACCCGCUCAUGACCUACGAGAAGAUGGCGCGCGCCAUGAGAAGGAAACUCUCAUCGUUGGACAUCGAUGUUCAAUUUUUUUUCCUGGAGUUGAUUCCACCUUCGCUGCAGUACGUGCUGCGCUUUGCUCACUGUGCUGUACACAAACUUGAGUUAUUAUCACAGCACGGCUCCAUGACACUUCACUACACCAUAUCCCUAGUAGAGAGCAACGGAAAGUUACCACAUUCAUCACCUGACACUAAAAGGGGGCAGGUAGAGCCUCUCGCGCACGACCCAGAAUGGAUCAAAAAUGGGUCACAUCAACAUCAUCAUCAUCAUCAUCAUCAUCAUCAUCAAGAUAAUACCUUGGAAACAUGUGGUGAUGUUGGUGUUACUACUAAAAUGAAACGUGUGUAA